CUCUGUUUAAAACACUCAAAUUAACAACAAACGCAAACACAAAAGCUCACGGAAACUAAUUAUAGAGAGAGAAAGUAGAGAGAGAAAGUAGAGAGAUUCAUCAAUCAAUGGCAUUCUCUGUAGCUUCUUCUUCUUCUUCCGCAGCAAUCUCUGGUUCCAUCUAUUCCCGGUCCAGUCAUUUCCAUGAACAACCGCCCAAAGCUCUACAGUUCGGUUCUUUUCAGCCGUUGGAUCGGCCUCAUUUUCAAUCGACGGCUGUGAGUUAUUCUCGGAGGAAAUCCUCCGUGAAGCCACUCAAUGCCGAGUCGAAACGGAACGAUUCCAUUGUAUCUCUCGCAGCCACCAUUGCUUCUCCUGAGGUGGUAGAGAGAGUAGAGGUGGAGGAUUAUGAGCAACUGGCUAAGGUCCUUGAAAAGGCUUCCCCUCUUGAAAUUAUUGACAAAGCCCUUGAGAAAUUCGGAAAUGACAUAGCAAUUGCUUUCAGUGGUGCUGAAGAUGUUGCCUUGAUCGAGUAUGCACAUCUAACCGGUCGACCAUUUAGGGUAUUCAGCCUGGACACUGGGAGGCUGAACCCCGAAACAUAUAAAUUAUUUGACACAGUUGAGAAACAUUAUGGUAUUCACAUUGAAUACAUGUUUCCAGAUGCUGUCGAAGUACAAGCCUUAGUAAGGAGCAAGGGAUUAUUCUCCUUCUACGAGGAUGGCCACCAGGAAUGCUGCCGUGUGAGGAAGGUGAGACCCCUUAGGAGGGCUCUCAAGGGCUUACGUGCAUGGAUCACCGGGCAAAGGAAAGAUCAGUCCCCGGGUACUAGGUCUGAAAUUCCCGUAGUACAGGUGGACCCUUCUUUUGAGGGACUGGACGGUGGGGCUGGUAGCCUGGUAAAGUGGAACCCAGUUGCAGACGUGGAUGGCGCUGACAUCUGGAACUUCCUCCGGACAAUGAACGUGCCUGUUAACUCAUUGCAUUUGCAAGGAUAUGUCUCAAUUGGGUGUGAGCCAUGCACAAGGCCAGUCCUACCAGGACAACAUGAGAGAGAGGGACGGUGGUGGUGGGAGGAUGCCAAGGCCAAGGAGUGUGGCCUCCACAAAGGAAAUAUCGAAGGAAAAGUAGGCCAAGCCAAUGGCAACGGGGCUGCCAAUACAAAUGGAACUGCCCCAAUUGCUGAUCUUUUUGACACCCAAAAUGUUGUAACCUUGAAUAGGACAGGGAUGGAGAAUUUGGUGAAGCUGGAGGACAGGAAAGAGCCUUGGCUUGUCGUCCUCUAUGCACCUUGGUGCCAAUUUUGCCAGGCCAUGGAAGGAUCUUAUGUUGAAUUGGCAGAGAAAUUGGCAGGGAGUGGUGUGAAGGUCGGAAAAUUCAGGGCAGAUGGUGAGCAGAAGGCAUUUGCACAAAAAGAAUUGCAGCUGGGAAGUUUCCCCACGAUACUUUUCUUCCCUAAACACUCUUCGCAACCCAUUAAGUACCCAUCGGAGAAGAGAGAUGUCGAUUCAUUGAUGGCUUUCGUGAAUGCCCUCAGAUAAGAAUAAAAUUCACAUAAUUGUUUAUGCAACCCUAGUUCAACUCAUCCGUGGAUAUCCAAGGUUCUCAUUGAUUUUCUACAUUGGAAAACAAACAUUAGAGGAGUGCGCCUUGAGUCUCCCAAAUUUUAUUGCUUCUUUCUGUUCUGGGCUGGACAAACAGUACUGAACCUUGGGUUUUCUGGUAUAUUGUUGACAUAUUGCGUUUUAUCUUUCAAUUGAUUAGAGUUCCCUCUGGGGGCAGUUUUUGGCUUUUAUAUAGAUUUUGUAAGGCAGAAAACAGAUGUUUUCUUGGAUGUAAUGCUUGUGUGAAAUAAUAAAAAGUUGUUGCGGUUAUGUGAAAUUAAA